AUGACUAUCAGCGUGGAGAUCAGCGCCAGCGUGGCUCUGAAAAUCAGCAAGGUCGGCGAAGACACAUACCCAGCAACGGAGGCGGGUCCACUGUUCGGAUUGGAUGUUGCCAGCGAGCCUGCCGAGGACAAAAGACACACGUCAAUAAAGGUUUCCCAUGCGUUCCAGUUCCCUCCGUCCUACGCCAACGACGAGAUUUUCAGUUUCAGGGCGUCCAACGUCAAGUACCAGAACGACCUGCUUGCGAAGCUCAGAGACACCAAGGUGGGCGUGAAACAUUUAGGGUGGUUUUUGACGACGAACGGCGGCCGGUUCGUGAGCCAGUCGCUCAUUGAAGCGAUAAUCAGCCAGCAAAACCAGAACCUCACAGAAAACAGAGACUCGACGCCGGUGGUGGUGCUGGUUUUCGACACUCUCAAGUCGAUGGACGGUCUGCUGAGCUUGAGAGCGUUCAAGCUGAGCGAGUCGUUUGUCAGAGCAUGGAAGUCGGACGAGAGAUUUGUGUCGAAAAACCUGUACGAGAACAGACUCACCUACCGAAACAUUUUUGAGGAGGUGCCUCUGAAGAUCAGGAACAGCCACCUGUCGAACUUGAAGCUGCAGGAGCUGAGCCCCGGAUUUGAGGAGGACUCGUGUCUGGAGCUGACGGGCGCGACAUUGGCGUCGAUGAACCUGACCGUGGACAACCUGGCCGAGACGGUCGACGUUUUCAACCACACGCUGGGGAACCUCAACUACUACCAACGCAACUUGUCCAGAGAGCUUGUGAAGAUCAACCAAUGGAAACAGCAGAUCAGACAGCAGAACGAGGAGAAACUCAAGAAAGACCCGAACGCGAAACUCACAGAGACAGAGAACGACUGGCACAGACACUUCAGACUGCCUAUCCAGCCGUCCAAGUACGACAACCUGGUGACGAGCGGGCUGAUAAAUAGCUACUGCAACAGUCUCGAGACCGACGGCUCGAUCGAGCAGGUCAAGAUUGCGGGCAUCGAGGAGUGUAACUAA